AGCCUUCUUUCCAAACUAUUAUCGGAUUGUGUUUUCAAUUUUACCCAUUGGUUAAACUUCCCGGGAAAAUCUUAUGAUAAUGAGGCCACUGCCUACCAAUCCCGACGCCGCGAAUCCCCCUGGCCCCGCCUCCGAUGACGCCAAAUGAGAGGAAACUGUACAACACCAUAAAAGGAAAAUACUCACGCAUGCGCAGUGGCCCGAGUUUUGUUUGAAGUGAACUGCUGCCUUGGAACUGCCCUACAAGCUGCAAAGUCGCCAAGCAUUGGGUUUUUAAUCUGUAUUUCCUCCAAAUUACUUCUACAUUCGUUCAGCACCUCUAUGCAUCGCAGAGACGAUGUUAGGCCACCACUAUCCAAAUGCCGACAAGUCGCAGCAACUGGUCAACUAUGUGGAGGAUUACCUGGAAUGUGUGGAGUCCCUUCCUCUGGACAUACAAAGAAAUGUUUCCCUGCUCCGAGAAAUCGAUGCAAAGUAUCAAGAGGUGCUGAAGGAGGUGGAUGAAGUGUUCGAGAAGUACAAAGGUGAACAGGAUGCGGCUCAGAGGAAGCGCCUGCAGGUCCAGCUGCAGCGGGCCCUCAUCAUCAGCCAAGAGCUGGGUGACGAGAAAAUCCACGUGGUGACCCAGAUGACGGAGUUGGUGGAGAACCGUUCCCGCCAGAUGGACUCCCACUCGCUGUGCCUCCAGGAGCCCGGCGAGGCCGAGCGGCUCACCACCGAGCGACGCUCCAGUGUCCAAGAGCAGCCGGCGCCCGAGCGCACCUCGACCCGGCGCCCGCGACGGCAGCGCAACAGCGAGAGCCGCGACUCAAGCCACCCGUCGGCCAACGGCUCUCUGGUGGACGACCCCUCAGAGGAUCUGUCCAUCCCUCCACCCCGGGAGAAGAAGUCAAAGUCCGCCAAGAAGAAGAAGCACAAGUCCAAACAGGAACGGGACGCCUCGCCAGUCGAAUUUGCCAUCGACCCUAAUGAGCCCACCUACUGUCUCUGCGAGCAGGUGUCUUACGGCGAGAUGAUUGGCUGCGACAAUGACCAGUGCCCUAUUGAGUGGUUCCACUUCUCUUGUGUGGGGCUGACCUACAAACCUAAGGGCAAGUGGUACUGCCCCAAAUGCAGAGGGGACAACGAAAAGACAAUGGACAAAAGCCUAGACAAGAACAGAAAAGAACGCCGGUCCAGGUAGUGACCUCCAUCCCGAAGACGUCUUCGGUCCGAGGAUUAGAACUGUUGGCCGUAGUUGAUAACAGUACUCGUGAUGUUGUAAGAGCACAAUCAAACACCAUUAGUAGCAGCGCUUAUUUUGAAUCAAGGACCAGUUGUGAUUGAACUUGUGCUGUUACAUCACUGACCGUUUCCACUGGGAAUAAAUGUGCUGUAGUCUGCGGGAUGUCCGGCUGCUGCAAGAAUCACCAGCUAGAAGCUCCCGACAUCCUCAAGCGUUUUGUUUUUUUCUGGACUUUUAUUUUUUAUUUUGACUCGUCUGUUUUAGUAUUGGUUUAAUUCUGGUCAAGGUCCUAAUAAACAAUAUGAUUCCUGCGAAUUAUCAUUAUUUUAUUCAGUUUUGGCCAAACAAAUUGUCUCUCUUUAACUUUCUUAAUUAUACCCGAUAAUUUGUAAUCUUUGUGUCUUUAUAUGAUAAUGGCUUCUAGAGUAUAACUUCCACAUGUAAUAUGUAAGAGAUUGAUAUUUAAUUGAGGAGAUGAUUGUUGAUGGGACACUGGAAUAGAAAGAUCAUGUUUGUGGACUUGACGUUUUCACUGGUUCACUAUCGCUAUUGUGUAAAUUUCUUUUUAUAUUCAUUAAAACAAAGUAUUGUCAUUCA